UAUUGCAAAUCAAUCUACCAUUACUUUUGUUUCUUAUUAUAUUACUGUGUACUGUAUACUGUCGUGGCAUUUCCAAAUGCCACUGUAAAACGGGUCUUCGAAAGCGCUGAAAUUGAAUGCUAGGUGUUCCACCCUGGAAGUUGUGCCCGCGUAUUGUGCCAGGGGGUGUUUGUUAAUGCCCCCUUGUGGUGGGAGUGAGAGAACUGCUUCUAAGGGGUGUGGUACUCCCCUUUUAAUCCAUUUAAAACCAUCCCAGCCUGGGACAGGCAGCAAACUCGUGCUGCGGUCUCCAGCUACCCGCUCUUAACCCUUUUUUGUUUCUUCUCUUUUUUUGGUUUUCAUUGGAAUAACAGGAAUAUAUACACGCGCCAUUCAUUAGGAAACAAGGGAAUAUAUACAAACCAAACAACAAAACUAUGGACGACGACAGUAUUAACGAGAAGACAAUGCAAGAUGUGCACACGAAAGAAAUCGACCUGGUCAACCGGGACCCCAAGCACUUAAACGACGAUGUUGUGAAGGUGGACUUCGAGGACGUGGUCGCCGAGCCGGCAGGCACGUACAGCUUCGAUGGCGUGUGGAAGGCCAGCUUCACCACCUUCACCGUGACCAAGUACUGGUGCUACCGGCUGCUGACGGCGCUGGUGGGCAUCCCGCUGGCGCUGGUCUGGGGAAUCUUCUUCGCCAUCCUCUCCUUCAUACACAUCUGGGCGGUGGUGCCGUGCGUGAAGAGCUACCUGAUCGAGAUCCACUGCAUCAGCCGGGUCUACUCCAUCUGCAUCCACACCUUCUGCGACCCCUUCUUCGAGGCCAUGGGCAAGUGCCUGGGCAGUAUCCGUGUGCGAACCACCAAGGAGGUGUAGCCGGAGGGGGCGGGGCAUGGGGAGGGAGGCGGUC